AUGAUGGAUGAAGCCGAAAAGGUUGAUGUUUUGAAAUUGACCGCAGAAGACCUUACUCCAAAAGGAGGUUUGAAGGAGCGAAAAUGGAAUUGGAAAAACAGAGCUAAACGAUCUUUCCCUAGGAAACGACGUACUGUCGUGUCGGAGCCAGAAGAAGGUUCUAAGAAACCACUAGUGUCAGAAGAGUUGCUUAAAAAACAUGAUACUGGGGCGUCUGAAAUUAAUCCGAAAAGAGUCAAAACGAAAUUUCAUCAAAUCAAGCUUUUGAAGAGGAAAGAAAAGUUUUUGGCCAGGACAGAGCAGACUGCCCGGGCAGAGAUUUUGAAUCAGGAGGAUGAAGGAUUUUUAAUCGGGGACAGAGGAGAAUUAACUUACAACAUCCGUCAGAAUGAAAUAGCUGCCGCUGUAGACGUAGCAAGCUCGACAAAGUGCUUUGACCUUGCUCUCGAUCGUUUUGGUCCAUACCGCAUUGACUACUCGAAUAACGGCAGAUAUUUGUUAGUCGGUGGUAAGAAAGGACAUGUAGCAGCUUUUGAUUGGAUGACUAAAAAGCUACUAUUUGAAACUAACGUUAUGGAAGCAGUCAGAGACGUGCAGUGGCUUCAUGUAGAGACAAUGUUUGCCGUUGCUCAGAAGAGAUGGACAUAUAUUUACGACAACAUGGGUGUUGAAUUACACUGCCUAAAAAUGCUCCAUGAUAUUAGGAGAAUGGAGUUUCUUCCGAGGCAUUUUUUGUUGGUGGCCGGUGCGAACACGUCUUUCCUUCACUAUAUUGAUGUCUCAUUAGGUAAGAUUGUACAGUCAUUUUGCACGCGGCAGGGUGCACUUGACGUUAUGGCACAGAAUCCAAGUAAUGCGGUUAUCCACACGGGCCAUAGUAAUGGCACAGUUCAGCUUUGGUCACCUAAUGUUCAAGAACCCCUUAUCAAAAUGCUAACACACAUUGGAGCAGUUCGUGGGAUUUCAAUAGAGGGGAAUUAUAUGGCAACUACUGGUUUGGAUCAGAGAUUAAGAGUGUGGGAUGUGCGGACCUACAAACAAUUAUUUGGGUAUCAUUUACCGUUUGGAUUGUCUGAAGUAGCUUUCAGUCAGCGAAAUGUUAUUGCAUGUGCUAUUGGUAACACAGUGCAGACUUUUAAAAAUGCACAUAUUGGUAAUUUGGAAAGUCCUUACUUAGUUCAUGACUGUGGAGGUUUAAUCGCAGAUCUUGAAUUUUGCCCAUAUGAAGACGUUCUUGGAAUAGGACAUCAGAAUGGUAUUGCCAGUAUUCUUGUCCCAGGUUCUGGUGAAGCAAACGUUGAUACUCUUCAUGCAAAUCCAUAUGAAUCAAAAUCUCAGCGUCGUGAGAGGGAAGUGAAGCAGCUGUUGGAUAAGAUUCAACCGGAACUUAUAACUUUGGACACCUCCGAAAUCAGCAAGGUCAAUACGGACGUUAUGCAGGAAGAAAAUGAGAGAUUGAAAAAAGUUCUUUACCUCCGUCCUCGUGAUGUAAAGUUCACUCCAAGAAAUAAAAGAAAGGGUCUCAGCAAAGAUAAGCGAAAGCAGAUUGUAAAUGCUGAGAUGAGGUUUGCAAGGAACGAAGAAAUCAAAGAAGCAGAAAAGCAGCUACUUCCUGUUCCAGAAAAAGAGAAAGAAAAGAUUGUCAAGUCAGUCUUGGAUAGGUUCAAGAGAAAGGACAAAUGA